AUGAAGAGAGGAAUAUUGGAAGUAUUUCUCGUUGAUGCUCAUGGGAUUACACACACAAAUUUUAUUGGAAGCCCUGUGUAUUAUGUGCUCUUACAAUGUGGGACAAAGGAAUACCGUAGCAAAUUGUCUAAAGGUGACAAUGACAAUGCAUUGUGGAACCAAAAGUUUGUCUUUGAUUUCCCGAUGUCUCAAUGGAAGAAGCUUACCCAUAUCAAAUUUAGAAUCAUGGACAAAGAGCUCUUCAAAGAUGGAGGAUUUGUCGGUGAAACCUUAAUUCAUCUUGGAGGGAUAGUAACCGAAGGACGUGACAGAGGAUACAUGGAAACUAAACCAGCUCCAUACAAUGUUGUUCUUGACGACAAUACUUUUAAAGGCCAACUAAAAAUCGGAUUGAGAUUCAUUGCAACUGAUAAACUGAAGAGGAAAGCAUGGGAGCUGAAGAUGGAGGCCAAAAACAGUGAAGAACCAAUGAUUUCCCCAUAUAUGAAUCUGAUGAAACUCCCUUUGUUAAGGUUUCUGCUCUAUUGUUUUCGGAAAACAAACAAAUAUCAACUCAAAGACAACUAGCAAUGCUAAAAGGGUUCAUAGCUGCAUGGGCAAGAAGGACAGGUCUCGUCAAGUCAAUUAAUGCAAAACUACUUUAAU